GGAGGACAAGCAGCAAAGUGCCACAGGUCGGAGUCGAACCCGCGGCCGCGGCGUCGAGGAUUCUAACCCAUCUACGUGCGCCUGCUCCACCAACUGAGCUCACACAGGCUGCUUUGCGCAUGAUCGGUCUCACCUCGGUCCUCCCUCCCUUCCUUUCCUCCCCCUCUCUAUCUGCAUCCUCCUCACACAUGAUCCAGCAGCAUCCAUCUGCCCGGAUGCGUCCUGGUUCCCGCCUCUUCGCGGCAUCAGCACCAGUGAGGACAGUGCAGAGCGGAGGGAUGGUGAAGACAUGAGCACAUCCAACACAUUUCCAUGGAGUCCUCUUUCAACGGCGUAGAGCUCCGGGAGCUGCGGGGCGGAGGAGCCCGGCGAGGCGCGUCUCCGACGCCGGCCUCAGCGCCCUGGACGGCGGCAGUGGGCUGCGCAGCCCGGGGCUUCGAGAACGCCUCCUACCAACAGGACGAGGAGCAUGAGCAGCCGGGGGGGACUGAACCGCCCUCAACUUCAGACAACUGCAAAGGGCAGCAGCAACAUCAGGAGCUCUCUCCGCGGUCGUACGAUGAGGAGGAAGGAGGUGGGGGGCACGAGGACGGCCAGGACUUUACCGGGUUCAACCCCGCUGAGGACAACUCUGCCGACUACGGCUUCAUCUUCGCCCUGGUGUUCCUGGUGAGCGGGAUCGUCCUGGUGGUCAUCGCCUACACCAUCCCACGAGAGGCCAAAGUCAACCCGGACUCGGUGUCGGCCCGCCAGAUGGAGAAGCUGGAGAUGUACUACGCCCAGCUGGGCUCCCACCUGGACAAGUGCAUCAUCGCGGGCCUUGGGCUGCUGACCCUGGGGGGGAUGUUCCUGUCCGUGCUGCUCAUGGUGUCCAUCUGCCGGGGGGAGAUGUACCGACGCAGGGCUGCGUUUGUUCGACCCAAGAGGACUUACGGCUCCAUCAACCUAAGGAUGAAGCAGCUGGCGACUGGAGAGGCAGAAGGAGGCGGCGAGGAGUUUUUGGUGGAACAUGCAGAGACACGGAAUAACAUACAGCCGGGUCCGAGCCGGGACUCCAAAUCAGAACCAGGACCAAGCAGAAAUCCUCCUCCUGCAGCAGCUGCUGUACACGGCGUGAACUAGCGGCCCUUGAUUUUCACUUUGCAAUCCGCCUUUCUCUGACUGAGUGGCAAAAUGGUGCAGGACCCCCCCCCCCCCCCCCCCCCCCCCCAUUUGUGCUACCAAAAGAAGCACAUGUUGAGCACAAGGCUCUCUGCUGGACCGACCCAGCUUUGACCCGGCAUUUUGGGACAGAAAGGUUUCUGGGAUAUUUAUUCCAACCAAUCAUAAAGGAUGUAUUAAAAACAAAAGAGGGCUUAACUGGUAGAAGAAGAGAGGUAAGCCUCGUUAGAGUGGGAAAGAGCACAUUUGGAGGUGAAUGGUGGUGGUUGUAUGUCAAGGAUUACAGAUUUGAUAUGUAUCAUAGUAGGUUUAUCAGAGUUUUACAAGAGAAAGCACAAUGUGUCCGACGGCCCUGGAAGGUGCAGAAAGCAAGAUGAAUACUUUAUUUAUGAAGUCCAGUGUUGAUGCUCAUCUAUCAGGCGACCACAACAUUUAAACCUAGCCAUAUAACAAAACCCCAAUCACAAUACAUAAUGUCUGACUUAUCAUGCUGCUGUGAAUAUCACUGGAAAUCUAUUAUACAUUAGUCAUUUGAUAGAAAAGUCUUACUGGACUGUCUAAAUAAAGAGUUAUGGAAGUGUGAUGCUAGUUCUCACAAAUAAAUAGAGGCAACAUUUUUAAGUAAUAUUUCCCUCAUUAACACUCACCACCAACAUCUGCAAUAAAUGGAUAUAUACUUUAGAACCUGACAGAUAAAUGUGCACUGAUCGACUACACUGGUUUAAGUUUAAGUUAUGGAUUUAUGUUAAAAAAACAACAUCUGCGAUAUAUAUCAUUAUUACAUUUCAAAGCCAAGUAUCGGCCUCAAAAGCCCAGAAUGCGUCUGCCUUUAACCAGAACUGGACGGCACAGAAACCCAGAGAGGGGAGAAGGGUUUCAUUGGGUUGACUGAACAAACUGCUGCUUUCUGAAACUGUCAACCCAGUUAAUAAUGCAGCUUUAAUAUUUCCAUUUAAAAAUAUUCUAUAUAUAUAUAUAUAUUUUGAUUGGCUUUAAUUCACAAAAAGGACAGAGCUGCACAAUAAAAAUAGACAUGUUUCAUAAGGAAAUAGACUAAAGUACAGAGUAGGACGAGGUGUUAGAAUAAAGUGACAUGAGUCACACAUUACACACAGAGCAUAGCAUCAGCAGCCCAAAAGGUCUUCUCCCCUGACUGCUAGUCUGUGAUAAUCUUCUUCCAGGACUUUAACUUCUUUUUUUACCUCCUCAACAACAACAUGAGAGAUUUUAUCAAUGCGUCUUUGUUUUUGUGUUUUCAUCCCAGCAUGCCUCCACCAGACUAAAUGGAUUACUGGGUAGUUUAGUUGGGACUGCACAUGUCUGGAGGCGGAGGAUCUGGGGCAAAUCAACACGUUCACUGCUGCUGGCUGAACGUGAAUAAAUGAAUGUUCCUUUUAGUAAAUCAUUAGUCAUAUAAUUACAACCCAGAUCUCAGAAGUAUCACGUCACAUCACCAAAGUCUCAUGCUGCAUCACUCAGAAACUGUUGCUAAUCAGCGUUUCUUUAAUUCUUGCAUCACUUUCCAACAGCAUCAAAGAAGAAGUCUUUGUAUCAUAUUUUAAGUAAAUAUCCACUCUUAUCCGCUCCGUUAUGUGAAUGAUUAUAUUUAUCUGAUAUUUAAAGGUCCUGAGUGUUGAGUGGACAAUAAAACUAGCUAACGCUGGUCGCUGCUGUCAUAAGGAAACCUCGCAAAUGCACCUAAGAUGCUCAGUCCAUCAAAUCUAUCAAAAAAACACAAUCAUUCAGAAAUGUGCUAAAAGAACAAAUUUAAUUCAGAAUCAAACAUCAAUGUGUCUUCUUCUGACUGCAGCCCGGAGUGGAAUGAACCUUUAAUGACACAGCGCCUACUCCUUUGUAUUAUAUGUAAUCAGAUGUUAUUUAUGUCAUGUAAGGAUACUAUAUGCCUUAACGAGUAAACACAUACUGUAAAUUGUGUAUACGCAAAUAUGAUUAUGCUAAUGUAUUAAGGUCUGUAUAUUGAGCCAUUUAGCCAAGGGCAAUGUAGCCAAACACUCACACACACACACACACACACACACACACACACACACACACACACACACACAUACUAACACACACACACACACACAGUCCUCACUUGUCAACUGACCUCACAACGGGUUUGUGGCUCUGUACUUGUAAGGACAUCUCACACACCAACAUAAUAAUUUCUAGCUGUUUAUAAAAAUAUUUACCACAUUUUUAGUUCACAGUACAAAUAUACUGUAAAUACUACAUAUAGACGUGUCGGAUGUAGAGGACCAAAACAAAAGCUAAAAUGCUCAAAAACCAUAAUACCCACCGCGGGUAUGCCAAACCUGGUCCCAGUCUGAUCAGCUUAUUUCUGUCAGCAGCAACAGGUUAACAGAUGAAACAGAGCUAAUAACUGGGCUUCAAUAUUUAACAUUCAGAUGAAUUAAAUAACAACCACUCCGAGGAAAAUGUAACUGUCACAAAAUGAACUGAAACUAAUGAUUUUAUUUAUUGUAGAUUUAUUGUUUGGUCCGUAAAUUGAUAGAAAACAGUAGAAAAAUAAAUUACAUUUCUUGUUUUGUCUGACUUACCGUCCAAAAUGAAAGAAAACCAGCAAAUAUCCCUAUUUUAGAAAUUUCUACUUAAAAAAACAAAAUCAACAAAUACUGGAUUUUCAAAAUAGUUGCCUAUACAUUUUCUUUCAAUUGACCAAUCAGUUAACGGACUAAUGGU